CGGUGCGGCGCUGGCAGGGAAUGGAAUGACUGAGUAAAUGAUAAACCCGAUAGGAGCUUGCGAUUGCCCAGCAGUUGUGUGGAGAUGCAUUCAAGCACAUUCAUAUAGAACCACGCAUCGAAUCGUACGUGUAGGCAUACUGUACUUUCGCUUUACUGAGGACCAAAUGCACACAUUGAAAACACGCUCAUUUCUCUCCGUGACAGGAGAGUUUUAACGAGACGAGGCCUUAACUUAAACCGGAAUUAAAAAUAAGACGCAGAAAAAAUUAAAAAACAAUUCCGUCGGAGGAGUCCUGACUCUUCCUCCCCGUUCUAGGUGAUGCCCUCUGAUUUCAUCUCGCUCCUCAGCGGCGAUUUGGAUCUUAAUUCGCCGAAAAGUUCGUAUUCCAAAGAAUCUGUCUAUGACCUACUGCCAAAAGAGCUGCAGCUUCCAUCAAGUGAGACACAAAUUGCAUCAAUGAGUCAGAAAAGUGGUGGUGAUGAGGCAGCUUCUCCCCCCUCUGCUGCAGUUGCUCCUGAUGUCUCCUCCAGCGGUGGUCAAAGCAACACCUUCACCCCAUCUUCCAAUCCUAGCAUGCAUUCUACCUCAGUAACUGACAACACAUCUAUGCAAGUAGAUAGCUGCACUCCAGAACAGGGGGUAAGUGCCCAUGGGGUAAGUGAAUUACUGAGCUAUGAAAAUCAGUUAAGUAAUGCCCCACAGCUACAGUCCACACCCAAAAGGAGAACAGUCCUCAACAUCUCUCCACCACCUGAAGACUUGCUGGAUGACAGCAGGAUGUCUUGUCAGGAUGAUGCAGGUGACUCGGAACAGAGCAGUAAUAUUUGGAUGGAUGAAUCAGGCUCUAACUUCAGCAUCAUGAGUUCUAGUUCCUAUAAUGACAACACAACAGUACCACGGAAGUCACGAAAACGUUCGCCAAAACAACGGCCUGGAUUUGUGCGUGUGGAUGAUGAAGAGUCAAAUAUGGAUGUCUUUGAUGCAGACAGUGCAAAAGGACCCCAUUAUGUACUUUCUCAACUCGUCUCAGAAGGCAAAAACAGCUCAAAGGGAAGCAAUGGAACAACAGAGCCACAAAAAUCAUUAAAGAAGGGCCCAACACUAACUGCUCACUAUCCUGGUAAAAGUGAGGGCAAAGAACUGAAGGUACUGGUGCAACCCGAGACACAGCACAGAGCACGGUACUUGACAGAAGGUAGCCGUGGCUCUGUGAAAGAUCGGACACAGCAAGGCUUUCCAACGGUGAAGUUGGAAGGUUACAAUGAACCAGCAAUCUUACAAAUUUUUGUCGGAAAUGAUUCCGGCCGAGUCAAACCUCAUGGUUUUUACCAAGCAUGCAGAGUGACUGGGCGAAAUACUACUCCUUGCAAGGAGGUGGACAUUGAUGGAACAACUGUGAUUGAGGUCAACUUGGAUCCUGGAAGUAACAUGACAUUAGCUGUUGACUGUGUGGGAAUUCUAAAGCUAAGGAAUGCUGAUGUUCAAGCACGCAUUGGUAUUGCAGGAUCCAAAAAGAAAAGCACUCGUGCACGGUUGGUAUUCCGUGUAAAUAUUGUUCGUGCUGAUGGGUCUACUUUAACACUGCAGACGCCUUCAUCGUCCAUCCUCUGCACUCAACCAGCAGGAGCACCUGAAAUAUUGAAAAAAAGCCUUCAUACUUGCACAGUGAAAGGAGGUGAAGAUUUAUUUCUGAUUGGAAAAAACUUUUUGAAAGGCACAAAGGUUAUUUUUCAGGAAAAUAAUUCAGAUGAGAAUAAUUCUUGGAAAGCAGAAGCUGAAAUAGACAUGGAACUUUUUCAUCAGAAUCACCUUAUCGUGAAAGUUCCCCCCUACCACAAUCAACUUAUAACAUCACCAGUUUCAGUUGGCAUCUAUGUUGUAACCAACGCUGGAAGAUCACAUGAAGUACAGCCUUUUACCUUCACUCCAGAUCCAGCAAACUCACCAGAUAUCAUUGUGAAGAAAGAAAUUCCUGUACAACCAUGUUCCAUUGACGAAGCAAUGAAAGCUGCAGCAGCGAAAGUCACAGGCUGUAAUCCAGAUGAACCAAAUCUUCCCAGUGCCUUGUUGUCACCCCUUCUGCCAUCUGUUGUGGUAAAGAAUGAGGAAGCCAUUUCAAUGGACAUGGUAUCGAAUCAGACACCAUCUACAGUCUUUAAAAAUCAAGAGAUGGGAGCUGGACAGCAAUCUUUGGAAAUCUCUUCAAACAUUACAGCUGGGGCUUCAUUCUCGGGAUCUGCCUCUAGGCAAGGAGGAGACAGUGAUCAGCACCAGCAAAUUCAAUCAAGUGUGUUUCCAAGCACAGAUGCCUUAUCUGCUGUACGGAAGCAAGACAUUUCUCAGCCAUGUACAUUUCAAGCAUCAAAAUGUACCACCCAGGUCCAGAAUAGUGAAGGCUUGCUUCAGCAACCAGCCCAGUUUCACAAUGCUGGCAUAUUGUUAGAUUCAAGAGAGGUACAACCAAGAGAAACUUUGCAAUUAGAUGUAUCCAAGAUAUCCUUAUCCCAGAUGCCUGAGUCAGCACUGCAGCAGCAACAAAAGCAGCAGACACAACAACAGCAGUCGCAGACCCAGGCACUACAGGAACAUUCAUCCAAUAUUUUCCAGCAGAGCAGCAAUGCAUCACAGUUGCAAAAUGCCUUGCAGUCUAUGCAACCAGGAAACUUUCAGACAAACUCUGAAAAUGGCAGAAGUGGCAAUGUGAGUCUUGUUCAACAGACUUUGGAGGCUUCUCAGCAGCAAUUGGCCUCUGUCUUAUUUACUGGAUCCAGCCCAUCGGAGUCGAUACAGCAACCAGUGGAACAGGUGCAAGAGCAAAUGAACGCAGGGAUGUUCCAUCAAGUAAAUACUAUGCAGAGCAACCUCCCUCAAGACCUGUUCUCAAAUUCAGAUAAUACUUCUCUCCCUAGAUCUGACAGUGUUCUUUCUGGACCUGAGAAUUCAUUGUCGAAUCAACAAGUGCUGGAAUCCUCGACAAGCAUGAUGUUGGGAAUGCAACAGAAUAUUUGUCAAGGAUCAGGACAAUUGCAGUCAGAUUUAUACCAAUCAUCUUUAAAUGGAAGCCUCCAACAAUCUGAUAUUUUUCAGCAAACUUCUCACGUUAUGUCUAGUCUGCAAUCCAGUGAUGGAAAUCAACAUCAGAUAUCGCACAGUGGAUUGUUUUCAGCCUCUACAACAGUAGCAGGGAAUGAAAACACAGCAAAUUCACAGCAGCAAACUUCUUCGCCAAAUGUCUUUCAGUGCUCUAGUUCUAUGGUUGCUGUGGAAGACACCUCAGUGCAGCCAAACCAGAGGCAAACUGAUAUGUUUGAUUCUAUUGUGCAGAUGCAGCAGAGUGGAGAAAAUCAGCCUCAAGUAACUUUAUUUUCAAAUACAGAUGGGAUGAUGCAUGUUAAAACUGGUGGCUCCUCACAACCAACUGGGAUUUUUCAGCAGAGUGGAGAAAUGAUGUCUACACAACCCGGAAACUUCCUACAGCAAUCUCAUCCAUCAUCAGAACUAUUCCAUCCACAAAAUUCUCUAAAUCAAGUUCCAAGUACAGCCCAUUCACAGUCUGGGCUCUUUCACUGCCCAAACACUGUCCUGCAACAUCAGAACACUGCUGCUUCCCAAGAUCAAGUACAGUCAGCAUUAUUUCAUUCUCAAGGCUCUUUGGCAGUUCUCCAAGGCUCAUCAAUUGCCCAAGAUCAGCAACAAGGCACUCUUUUUCUUUCUCCAAACACUUUGCCUUCGCUUCAAAAUAACAGUAUUUCACAGGAAAAGCAACAGGUCAGCUUUUAUUCACCACAGAGCACGAUUCCAACACUCCAAAAUUCAGGAAAUCCUGAGCAACAAUCUGUGAAUGUCUUUCAGACCCAGGCACAAAUAUCUCAGAUUCAGAAUACCAUGAUUUCUCAAGAACAGCAACAACAGCAGCAGAAUCUUUUUCAACGUCAAGUGACCUUAUCUUCUUCCCAAACUAAUACUUCUCCACAGAAUCAGCAAGCGUCUAUCUUUCAGACCCAACAUUCAAUAGCUGCACUUCACAACAGCACAUCACCUCAAGACCAACCUCAGAAUGUUCUUUUUAACUCUCAGAAUCCAAUAAAUAACAGCAUAACUUCCCAGGAACAACAACAACAGAACAUUCUUUUCAACUCUCAGAAUCCCAUGCCUGCAAUGAAUACAAAUUUGGCUUCCCAGGAGCAGCAGAACCAAACUCUUUUUCAUACUCAGCCUAAUAUGGUGUCAGUUAAUCAAGAGCAGCAAUCAUCCAUGCAGUUCCAAAAUCAGACUACAGUUUCUUCACUUCAAAAUAGUGGGACGCCUCAGGGAGAUCAGAAACAGUCAUCAGUUUUUCACGGUCAGCCUCAAAUGCAGCUUGUUCAAAAUUCAGGAGGCACUCAAAAUCAGCAGGUGACACUAUUCAUUUCUCAAACUUCAAUGUCUGCAUUACAGAAUAACAUGAAUCAACAAGAGAUACAGCAGCCUAACGUGUUUAAUCCUCAAAGUAAUGUGCCUGUUCUUCAAAACAACACACCUGGAUCAGGCCAGCAACAGAGUACACUUUUUCACCCCCAUGGGACCAUGAAUCAACUUCAGAAUUCACCGACAUCAACACAACAACCGACUGGCUUAUAUUUGUUUGGAAUUCAAAGUGAUUGCAGACAAUUGAUGAGCAUAACAAAUGUGUCUCAGCAAUGCCCAACUGGACCAUCUAUGUCUGAUCAACUGCUUGUGAUAAACCAGUCAGGGCAAGCACAGAAUGAAGGACAAGCCGUUUCUCCGCUUCUCUCACAGCAGAUGACUGACUCAAGGCAACUAUCAUCUAGCAUUCCUGCUGAACAGAACAUGGAAAAAAUCGAUGACAUCCUUGUCACAUUACAGAACCAGGGAAGAAACAUCAACAGUUCUUUUAAUCCAUAGGUAUUCAUAUGGUACAAAUUUAAGAAGACAUGAAGAAACGUCAAACUUAUGUGAAACUAUGUGACUGUACUAUGAAGGGAAAGUUUAAAGUAUUGAUAUUCCUUAUAUCCAUUUCAGCUUUUAAGCCUGUCCUUGACCUACAUUUUAAAUCAUCAUGAAACUUAAAUUCUUUAUUCAUUGCACUCUUGAGUGCAUAAAUACAGAUUUUCAGUGAUGGUUUCUUGUUAGCAUUCCACUGUGGAAGGUAAAGUAUCUGACAGAGUGCAUGUCUACAAUUAGCCAGCUCCCUGUAAAUUAAAAUAUUUUAGCAUUAUUGUAAAGGUUAUCAUAGUAAGCUCAUGCUGAUUAACACUCAGCAAAAAAACUAAGAAUACUGACAACAAAUUAAGAAAGUUUGUUUAGUCAGAGAAUAUAAAAAUUAUCAGCUACUUGUGCUAAAUGUGCAUAUAUAGUGGCAGUUGUGUGCUGUACAGCUUCUGAAAUUCAAAUCCAUUAAAUUUCAGAGGUGUUGUACAAUGUGCCAUCAUUUCAAUGUAUGUGUGUUUAGAAGCCAAAAGGAUUAGUUUCUAUCCCAUGGUCAUUUUACCAGCUGUAUCCACCAAACUAUGCAAAUCCAUAAUAUAAUGCAUCCUCACAACACAUCACCAAGAUUCAGCAUAGAUCAGGAGCCACAAAAGUCUGCUUGCAUAUGUGGAAUCUGGUAUAACAAUAAUGAAGACAUUCAGCAACCAAAUGGAGGGAUUUUAAAUCUGUGUCUGUCCUGGAAAUUUUUGCAAUUAUACUGACAGCAAACUGUGGACACACCAAAAGGAUUUGGUAAAGGUUGAUAAUCUCUCUAUUCUUCCUUAAAUGGCUGCAGAAUUCAUUUCCACUUAUUUGGCUGGAGUGAUACAUGGUAAGCUCAGUGAUGGAUCCUGACUUGACUUUCUCAUAGUGUCAUUUACUCAUAAUCCUAUAAAGAAACUUCAAUUACAAGUUAAGUGAACUGAGCUCACUGACUCCAAUGAAAAGUGAUUAUGGCAAAGAAUAGAAUAGUAACCUAGCCUUACUGGGAGGAAGAAGAGAAAUCACUUCAUUGACAUAAUGGGUGACAUGGCAUGUUCUGGUGUUAUGAAAGCAUCAUUGAAACUGAUUUUUGGAUCAUUAUUUUUGGUCCAACUGAAAUUAGUUAUAACCCUUCCCUAUUAUUUCCAAUACAGUUCUCACAUAGUCAGCUCUCUGUUCAUUGAGUGUAUAUGAUGCAUUUGUUAGACUAUAAAGGGAAAAGAAGUCUAAUCUCUAGUUUUCCUGGGCUGUUAAUUUUAAACCUGAAUUCUCUGGUUCUGACUGCAGCCUGUUUCACAUAGAGUGAAAUGUUAUCUUCCCAACAGUCUUGUAACAGCAAUCAAAGAGAUGACCUUUCUACCCAUUAACAUAGGACGGUCUAUCAGGCAGCAAUUAAGUAAUCAAUUUGCUUGGUUGAGUAGGUCUCCAUCUUGAUUAGAAAACAACCAGUAAAUUCCCUUUUUCUGUUUGCUAGCUAAAUUUGAAUUUUAAGACCAUCUGUCCACUAGGUCUGUUACUGAAGAAGCAGGAGGCACAGCUUUAAACUUCUCACAUCAGAACACUAUAGUUGCUGAUUAGUCUAUGUUCACGUAGGAUAAAUACUAAGAGACUAGGAAAGAUCAUUGUUUAUGUAAACAGCCUCAUAAAGAUCGACUACCUUGGUCUUCUGCCCAGAAAGCACAUGCUUGGAUGGUAAUAUCUGCAUGCACCUCUUGUGAGGGGUGCCAUCUUUCUUAAUCCAGGAUCAUGAGGUUGAAUAUAUGUCAGUGCUGCCCAGCAGUUACAUGUGGCAUGAUACUGAACUUCUGAUUUGCAUUGAAUCUCCAGGAUUGAUAUUGAGAAAUAGGAUGAAUACUGAUAUCUGUUCAUAUCAGUGGCAGCUCAAGAUAAAUCCAUAUAUAUAAAUUGAACGAUCAGAAGGUCCAGCAGUAAGGCCUGUAUAUUCCCCAAAUGUCGGACAGCACAAUCUAUAUUAAUGGAUACAGUGAUUUAUGGAGUGACCUCUUCAAGAAAUCCUCGAGGAUGUCAAGAAGUUCAAAGGCACAGUUUUCUUAUUUGGGAACUCUUACUCGUAUGUGAUUGGUGCUGCCUUUUUCAACUUCUUAAGUGUCAUUCUCUUCAUCUGCAAAUUUGGAAAAUUGUGACCAAAAGCCUUUUCAAAUCAGGACUGUGUGCUUGUUUAACAGGUAGCUCAGAUAUAAUAAUCUAAUCAACAUCUUAGAAACAAAAGCAUAAUGUAUGACCCUAUGGCAUUUCCAGUAUUUUGAUAUUCCUGUUAAAUAGUACUACUGAUAGAGUUGUAAUUUUAUCCAGUCAGUUACUUUCAUUCUCUGAAUUCUUUAAUGAAACUUGCAAAAUUUUCUUUUGCACAUGAUGAGCAAGAUGUGGUUCCUGAAUUUUAGUAGUAGUCUGAACAGCAAUCAUACAGGAUAAUAAUUGUAAGUCUGUAUGCAUGAAGGAUUCAUAAUCUGAAUCUAAGAGCAGCACCUGCAGUGAUGAAAGUUAAAAUUGCAUUGUACAUAUGCUUCCUCAUUAUUAUCUAGAAAGAUGAUUGAACUAGAAACAUACACAAUGGACAGGCGAAUGGGAACAUUUUUCUCUCAUAAAUCCAAUAUUGGAACUUUGGUGUUGUAGAAUUGUGACAUUUUGCAUUUGGUCUUAGAAAUGCAAAUUAAAAUUGGAUUUAGAUACAGUAUUAACUUUUUAAUGUUGACGUAAGCCAAAGUUUGGAUGUGUUCUAUAGCUUUAUACUUUUCUAGUUUUAAGUAAACCUUUAAUAGCUUUAUAAGUAUUGUGCAGACCUAAUGUAAAUAUUGCAUUUUUUGGUACAGAUAAAUAUUGGUUUAACAUCAUGUUGCCAGUCAGUAUUAAGUUGCAGGUUCCCUUGUUACAAGGUAUCCUUAUUAGAUAUCUAGGAAGAAGUGGAAAAAUGUCCCAUUGAAGAUACCUGGCCAUUAAAUCUAACCCAUCUCCAAUAUAAAAGAAUUUGCUUUAAGAUUUAACUCUUUCUCAGACUCUAACACUAAGAAAUGAUUGGUAUCCACCUAGACCUAAUGAUUAGAAUAACUUUAGAGAAAGUGGAUAUGAUGCACAUUGUACAUAAAAUAAAAAGGACAAACAUAUCAAUGUGAAGCAGAAAUGGAUGUUUAAUAAUACUUCAGAGGUCUAUAUAUUAACCAACAUACGACCUGGCUUUUCAUUUUUGCUGCACUCUGUUAGGACUUCCACUGGAAUGAGCUGGAUAAUGUAAGUGAAACAGCUAAUUUUCCUUUGGAAAGAUGAGCUUUUGGUUGAAAUCUAAGUAAAUGUGCUCUAAUAAUGGAAUUUCCAGCACUUUAUUCAGCUAAUAUUGUGACCAUUGAUUCCCUUUAAUGUGUCAGUGAUGUUUUUUUUUCUGUCAACUGUCCACAGUACUACUUUAGGUAUUUAUGUUUAUGAAAAGUCAUUUAAUUGUAUAUUUCCUUUCUGUUUACUGUAAAUAUUUAAACUAUUUUCUUACUGUGCAAAUUUUGAGCCAUGCAAAAACUUUAAGCAGCUACUUCUCUUCCUUAAGAGGCACUGAAGAUGUUUUCGGUGGUACGGUCUUUACUUGUUAUGAAGGGAGCUUCAGCUGCCUGACCAGCUUUUAGGUCAGUAAUUUUAAAUACAGAAUUUCUAUUCAAAUUUGGAUGGUUUAUAUCUAAUGUAUGUUUCAUUUUUGGAAAGCAGCAUUUUUUAUAUGUAUGUGUGUGUGUAUAUAAAAUAUAUACAUACAUAUAUACAUUCACACAGAUAUAUAUGAAAUGGCAUAAUAUUUUGUUAUUUGUACUAAGUGAGUACAAUCAAAUUAUAAACUUUACCACAUAUUUCUGUGGUGGCUGAGAGACUUUGUCAAAAUGAGUUUGGAUUGGCACUUUUGCUACUGUUUUUGACUGAUUUUAAAUGUUUUAAAUGGUAAUCAAAUAUUUAUGGGGCAUAGUGUAAACUAGUAGGGCUAAAUAUCUUUGUAAAUGCCUUUUGCAUGAGAAUUAAUAUAACCAGAAAGUGGUGAAUGAAAACAUAUGAUUAUUUUUCAGAUUUCAGCACACCAGUGUUCAUUUUAUCAUGAGGCAGAACUGAGACCUAAAUAUGCAUUAAAAAUAUAAAUGGACAUCUUUUGAUUUCACUAUUUACAUUGAAUCUAUUAUUUGUCUUGUUCCAUUUUGAUUUCAUUACUGCUAGUGCACAUGGUAGCAGUCUAAAUAAAAGAAAGUGAAUUUAUGGUGCUGAACAAAAUCCUGAAUCUGUUGUGUAUUGCAACACACAAUCCAAUUAGAAUUCUCAGUUGAUUCCUUGUAAUGUCUUUUAUUUUGCAGUAUCCUAUCCAAGUGAUAUUUAUUACUCCAAGUUCCUAGAAACAACUGAAUGACAUACUACAGCGUUGCUGUUGCUGCAUAUCAAAUCAAUAUUUUUUUCUUUAUUGAACAUGUUUAACCCAAUUUAAUGAGAUUACUUUGUCAUUGUUCCAUAGGGUUCUUUUGUGGCACCACAUUUCUGAAAAUCUCUUCUAGAGUGGAGUGUAAGUGUGCCCAACCCCAGCCCUCCCAAUGACAACACACCCCAACCAAUCCAUGAGGCUUUGAUUGGGCCCUGACCACCAGCCCUCUAUCUCCCUCAACUCCCCUGUUCUGGUUCCAGACAUGUUAGGCCUUGGAUGCUACUGAAAUCUGUAAUAGCAACCCCUUUCCUGAAAUGGUCAUUGGCAUGCUAUGCAUCUCUUGACCUUUUGAUUUCCUUUGGACCUCAAAAAUUUGCUUAGUUCAGUUGAGCCAACUUCAUUUCAGAUGUUGGCUCUGUCACUUAUAUAAUGUUUGAUCACUUAAAAAUUAUAAUAUAGGACUUGAGUUUACAUUUCCAGGCUGCCAUUCUUGCCAACAAGACAGUUAUCAGACUUCUGGAGCAGAUUCAACUAAACCUUUGUUUGUGUGAACCUUCAAUUAAAAGCUAGUGGAUAGAAAAGAUGGGAUGUAAAUAACUUGAGCAAUUAUCAGGCAACCUGUAAUAUUGUAACUACUGCUUUUACUUUUUUUCUACUUUCAUUCAUUCUAUUGGUAUUACUCUCCCUUAAGAUAACCUCGUCAAAAUGCACAAACAUUCUGUUGAUUUUAUAUAAAUAAUUUUGAAAGAGUGAGAAUCACUCAUACUUCUAUACAAUAACUAGUAGGAAAUUUGUAAAGAUUUAAUCUUGCAUUCAAAAUAAAGUUACUAAUUAAAUUGCUAGUGAAAUGAGAAGUAUUUAGUACCAGCAGUGACGGGCAUGUCAUGUGACAAGAUGAAGAGUAUUAAAUUAGCUUCCUUGCUUGUAAUAUUUCUAAUCUGAAUUUAAAGUUUUACUAAGACUUUAAUGUUUAUGAGAAUUAGAUAAUAAUUGAAUCAAAAGUUUGCAUGAGUCAUCCAAGUUCUCUUUUUUCAAUAAAAUGAGAAUUAAAAUCCACUAAUCUUUUGCUGCAGUUCCCCCAUUUUAAAUCGUAGUAGCAUAUUUAUGUUCAAUGAAUCUUGUUUCCAUUUUUAUGUGCAGUUUUUUUUGGAAAAGAAAGCACCAGUGAGGUUUUAUACUAAUUGUAAGGUUGGUUCAAUUGAAUGGUAUUGAUCAGAUUCCACAUUUUCAGCAGAGGAACUAUGCUUGUAAAUCAGAAUGCUGGCACAACGUUCAUCAGCCUCCCACAAGAUGCACAGAUUGAAGAAUUAAUCUUUACAUGCUUCUAAUUAAGUCUUUUUAACAGUCCUUAUAUCCUGCAUAUCAAAAUACAAUUUAACAAGAACUUAAAUUGGAACAUUUCUCCCAGGACAUCUAGCAGGAAGUAAUAGGAAAAUAAGUCUGAGUUUUUUUAACAUUGUCCUUAAUUACUGUAGAUUGUAUGAUCUUGCACAAAUAGUGACCAAUAAACAAAACUUUUGGCAGUAAUAAAAAUAGGAAAUGCUGGAAACACUCAACAGGUCAGGAAACAUCAGUGGACAAAGAAAUGAUUAAUGCUUCAGGUCAAAGACCCUUCAUUAGGAAAAAUAAGUUAGUUUUAAAUUAUAGAGAGGGUGAGGGAGGGAUUGAUAGGACAAAGGGAACAUUGCUGAUAGGAUGAGGCCUGGGCUUUAUUUCAAAUUUCCAGCAUCUGCAAUUUCUUGACUUUUAUUUUCGCAAUAUGGGUCGUUUGUGUACUUUUGUGAAGUCCACAGAUUUUUAAUACAACAUAACAUUGUUUCAUGCAAUGUAUCAGGAGCAUUCUAGCAGAAGCUUUCAGCUGGUAGUUUACAAACAGUGCACCACACUGUUAGAUUUGUGAGUCUGCAGUGUUUUAAACUAGAAUAGCAGUAGUACUCAAACAGUAAUUCCAUAUAUAAUGAACAAACAUUAAAAAAGAUGCUAUGUUUCAAUUACAUGUCCAAAAUCAAUAUGGCAAAACAAAAUAUUGCUCUAUAUGACCCUACUCUUCUUCAGAAUUAUAUCCCCUACAUCUUUCAGUGACAUUUUCCCUGACAAAUGUUGCCUUCUGAGAAAUAUUCUCCAAUUUUCUUGGUGUUUCUACAACUCUGUCAUUGUCAAGGCAGAACUUUGUCUGUCAUAAUUUUUGUCAUCCCUCCAAACAUACAAAAUGAAGACACAGUAUAUAUUCACUUUUAUAAUUACCAGAUAUAUGAAAUGCCUCAAUAAUGUUUGAUUUCAUUUUAAUUUUUAAAGGGAUGGUUCAGUGGUUAAUUGUGUAAUAAGUAUAAGAGAAAUGGAUGACAUUUCUGAAAUUUUAUUCUUUUUCACUGUAAAUAUGUCCAAAUCUUUGAUAUAUUUUUCAGAAUAAUGAGGAAAUUGCCUAAACAUUUAGAUUACUUUCUAUGCCUUUUUUAAGAAUUUUGGUUUUCUGUGCAUUGAAACCUGUAACCAUUACAGAUAUGGUUCUGAGUGUUCUUACAAUCACGUCAGGUAUCUAAUAGUAGCAAUACAUUCUUUCCUUUACAGGCAACCAGUUUAACUUAUAAAAUAACCAAGUGAAUUAACUGUUUGCUCUGGAGUACUUAAAUCAAUCAUCUGUUUGGAAAUAACUUUUCUGGCCAAAAAAACUUAACUCAACAUUUCUAAAGAUAAGAAAUGUUUUUAGGGGAAAUAUUUGCAUUUUUAUCAAAAUCACUUUAAUAACAAAACUACUGUUAUCACAAAGAUUAUGAUUGGAUUGUGAAUUAUACCAUCUCUAUUUCUGCCUCCUUACAUGAACAAGUUAAGCAGUUUUAAAUUAUUAUCAUAAGCACAGUAGCUAUGGUAUGAUUGUAAAGACAUAACUCAAAGGACAUUUGUACAUUAGUAAUCAGCUAAAUAAGUAACAUUAUAAAUACAGACUCUUCAUCACGAUCUUGAAAACCUGCUUGGUCUGUGUUGAACCUGAAUUAGAAACUAAUUGGCCUGAAAGAGUAGAAAUAUCCACCAUGUGUUUUGAAAAUGGCAUUAGCCAAUACUUGAGAAGCAAUGUUUGGAAUUCAACCCUUGGCUGGAAUUUAUUUCUGGUAUAAUUUCAUCCAUCCUUCACACCUAAUAUAAUGUUCUCAGAUCUCAGUUAAACCAUUGAGUGUAAAACUUAGCAGAUCGGAAUUUCCAGCUGUAAGACAUGAAAUGUAAAAAAAAGCAAAUCCAUCUUCAGUAAGCUAUUUUAGGUCACUGUCUGAAACAUUGAACAGCUUUUUUCACUGGCAUUGUACUGACAUGUAUUUAUUUUAUCUACAAAAUUUCUCACCCAAUGAUAGUCAAGAUAAUAUCAACAUAGUUUCUAUCAGAGAUCACAUUUCACCAUUCCUCAUAGCUGGCAAUUGAGUAUCGCUGGCAGAGGCAGUGGAGAAGUCUCUGACCUCCUGCUGGUUCUUGUCAGUACACCAAGAGCAAAGAUGGUUCAACUAAUAUCACUGUCAAUUAAAUCUGACAUUCUCCUUACUCAUCCAGAGGAAAACUGCCAGAUUUUUUUUUAGUAAAGUAUAGUCUAGAUUUGAUUUCAUGUGUUUAAUUUACUCACUUUAGAAUUGAAACCAUUGGUUAUGUUGCACAUUGAACCACUGAACCUCCUUUUUAAAUUUCCUGUUAUGAUGUGAAAUCAGCACCGAAAUGUGUUACUGAUAUUAUGCUUAAGUAGUCAUUACUAACAGCACUGAUGUGGGUGGUUUGGGAGAUACUUCUUGCAUAGAUGUUUAACUGUCAAAUUUUUAAAAAAUAUUUUGCUUUUGUUGGGACAUUUGUAUACUCUAGCAAUUAUAUUUCUGUAAAUUGCUGCUAUCUAUACAAAUAAAAAAUUAAACUUCUGUGUCUCUGGGUUUCAGUAUAAGUGCUGAAUAUAAUUAAAAUCCUUCUGCAUUGUUUUAGAAUGUGACAUUAGUGAAGCACUAUAGGAUUAAAAAAAACCUUACUUUUCAGUGAUUCUCCCAACUCUUCAGCAGUGAACUGUUAA